AUGGCAACGGCGGCUACUAAUCUGCUCUUCCAAACAAACCCAUUGAAGUGGAAGCAAUGCUGCCCAAAUCGGUUCCGCCUCCUUCGUCCUCUCUCGGCCCAACCAGUCAAGCUCAGUGCAACCUUCAACCAAAUUAAGCUUCAAUCCUUGGAGAAGAGCCCCUUAAUCGCAACCCUAAACCCGAAAUCAAAAUCAGCGGCCGAAUCUCUGCAGUACCGUCCUGCAGAAAACCCUGAAACAUGUGUCGUCAAUAAACUAUGGAAAUAUGCUCGGAAACCCGUGACCGCGGCUGUGCUUUUGGGUGUGUUGUUGCUCAUGUACAGACCCAAACCGGCACUGGCUUCCUCUGUUGGGCGGGUCCGUGCAACCUGCUCGCCCUACGAUUCCGAAGCUGAUACGGAGUCGCAGGUCCGAUACAUUGACGCGCGAGAGUAUAGUAUGUCGCGUACGAGUGUGGAUACUAUGGGGUGGGUGUUAUAUCCUUAUGCGCUAUACUAUGGGGCACUUGCUGCGCUAUUCUUAAUGUGCCGAUUGCUAAAAUGUCUCGACCCUUCUGUGCUCGAAUGGCUUAAGCGCCAAGUCAAAUUCUUGUUCUUGAUCGUUAUUAUUCAUCGUAUGUGGGCAACACGCCAUAAUCCAUCAACUGUUGUCAAGCUUCAGCUCCAGAGUGGAGUCAACACUGGUUCGAUUAAUGCUGGACGAGCACUCCAAACGGAUCUUAAUCGGAUUGCUGAAACUGCAAAUACUUCUACCUAUACGGGUGUAAACAGUAUUUUGACAGAGACAGCAGGAACUUUUCUCAGGCAUCCUGAUUGUUUCAUCUCAGCCAGUUCAUAUGUGGCUGGGAAAUAUGGUAGGGAUGGUGCACAAAAUUACUUGGAUCAACUAUCUCUUGAAGAGAGGAUUAAAUUAAGCGAAAAGCCACUUGUCAAUGUGAAGAACUUAAAAGCAGAAAGCUCAACAAGCCAAAAAUCACCAAAUGAAAUCCAAGAUGAAUAUAUGGAGGUAAAUGAGAAUCAACUUGAUAUAAAAGCAGAAAGCUCAACAAGCCAAAAAUCAGCAAAUGAAAUCCAAGAUGAAUAUAUGGAGGUAAAUGACAACCAACUUGAUAUAAAUGCGGAAAGCUCAACAAGCCAAAAAUCAGCAAAUGAUAUCCAAGAUGGAUGUAUGAAGGUUAUAAUAUUGGUGGCUGUUGUCGGGAAGCAUGAGUUUCCCACCAUCAAUUCCUGGGAUGACUUGAAGGAAGUUUUGCAAAUGCUUACAUCCAUAGAUCCUGAUGACGGUAUAUAUGCAUAUGGAGUAGAAGUGUUGUGGAGUCCUCAAUCCUCUUCCUCAUGGGGCUGGAGAAGAUGGUUCAAAUGAGAAAAACAUUCUUUAAUUUCGCAAAAAAGUAGUUGCUCAGAAAGUUUGUUUACAUAACAAUAUUUUCUAGGAAGUU